AUGGGCUUACUCGGCGGCCGAGGGUCUACGAAGCCGUACUUUGGCUUGACGGGAGGAUGGCUCACCUUCUGGAUCACAGUGGCUUGUGGAACUGACAUGACGCUCUUUGGGUACGACCAAGGCGUCUUCGGUGGUGUGAUUGUGACUCGGGACUUCUUAGAGAAACAUGAUCUCGUGGGGCCAACAAAGACCGCUACAUUGGGUACGGUCACCGCAAUUUACGACGUCGGUUGUUUCAUCGGCGCCCUCGUGGCGGCAUGGCUAGGCGAGGCAAUUGGCCGCCAGAAGACAGUACUCAUAGGGACUGUCGUGAUGUCUGUUGGCGCCAUCCUGCAAAUCACAUCCUUCAGCUUGGCCCAGAUGUUCGUCGGGCGCGUUGUCGCGGGGAUCGGCAACGGUUUGAACACCGCAACUGCUCCGGUUUGGCAGACCGAAUGUAGCCAGAUAAAAUGGCGAGGCAAGCUUGUCGUGAUCGAGCUUAUCCUCAACAUCGCUGGCUUCUCCCUCUCGAAUUGGGUCACCUAUGGCAUGUCGUUCGCCGGUGGUGCGGUAGCGUGGCGAGUCCCGCUUGCCGUGCAGUUCGUCUUCAUCGCCGUCCUAUUUGCAACCGUGCCAUGGCUUCCAGAGUCGCCUAGAUGGCUUAUCGCGCACGACUACGAGGACGAGGCGUUCAGCAUCUUGGCAGAUCUCGAAGGCAAGUCUGAAGACGAUCCUUUCAUCAUCACACAGCAUAAACAGAUUGUCUACACCGUUCAGUACGAGCGAGCCAAUGCUGUGCCCUGGUCGCAGCUUCUGCGCGGCAAAACUGGAGAGAAAGGCGGCACAAAGACCAUCAGACGUCUCCUACUUGGUAUGGGGACACAACUCAUCCAACAGCUUAGCGGCAUCAAUGUCACUUCAUAUUAUCUCCCCACGGUCCUCAUCCAGUCAGUUCAUCUGAGCGAGACCAUGGCUCGACUCCUCGCAGCCUGCAAUUCCGUGUCAUAUCUUCUCUUCUCGCUGAUCGGCAUCCCGAACGUCGAGAGGUGGGGUAGGCGCAAGAUGCUCAUGUUUGCGGCCGCCGGACAAUGCUUCUGCUACGCGAUCAUCACGGCCCUGCUGCGCUAUGCCGAAAAGCCAGGAUAUGCUGCGCAGAAAGAGGUCGCUUCUGCAUCGGUCGCCUUCUUCUUUCUGUAUUAUGUCUUCUUCGGGAUUGGCAUGCAAGGAGUCCCAUGGUUGUAUCCCACCGAGAUCAACUCCCUCGCGAUGCGCACGAAAGGUGCCGCAGCAGGCACAGCUACCAAUUGGAUCUUCAACUUCCUCGUCGUCGAGAUAACACCCUAUGGUAUUCAGUCGCUGCACUGGAAGUUCUACAUCAUUUGGACUGUAUUCAACGCCGCGUUCGUCCCCAUGGUUUACUUUCUGUAUCCAGAGACCGCGGGCCGCAGUCUGGAAGACAUCGACGACUACUACCGCGGGAACCCGCCGGUACUCGUUUGGCGCGACAAAGAGGCGAAGCGAAGCGGACGACCCGAGCAGUAUACCCAGAAGGAGGAAGAAGAGGUGCGGAGGAACAGCAGCAUUGAUCCGGCUGUGUUGAGACGAGGCAGUCGGGUCAGUAAUCGAUUCGCUGAUCAGGAGGAGUAUGAGGGUAAGACCGACGUCGGCGAGAAUGACCACUUUGAGGUGGGCCACAAGGAUGUAGUGUGA